UAAGUUUACCAGUUGCAGUCAGUGGGGGGUGGGAAAGCACCUCAGCCAGCCGACACUGGAUUUUAUCCAGCUAGAAGUAGCAAAGCAGCUCUUAUUUGAAAAACCACUGAGUUCUGAGUUCACUACAGGAAAAACUGUUCUCGCCUGCAGCACAGAGAACCUUGCUUCAGAGCAGUUCUACCAGCUCAGGAGUCCUGCAGGAUAAAACCCAUUUCAGAGGAUAAUGGCAACCUCUGCCUUGCAAAUCGCUGGACUGGUGCUUGGUGGUGUUGGAAUGGUGGGCACAGUGGCUGUCACCAUAAUGCCUCAGUGGAGAGUGUCUGCCUUCAUUGAAAGCAACAUUGUGGUUUUUGAAAACCGCUGGGAAGGACUGUGGAUGAAUUGCAUAAGACAGGCUAACAUCAGGAUGCAGUGCAAAAUCUAUGAUUCCCUGCUGGCCCUUUCUCCAGACCUUCAGGCAUCCAGAGGAUUGAUGUGUGCUGCCUCGGUGCUGUCCCUCUUGGCUUUCAUGACGGCCAUCCUCGGCAUGAAGUGUACCAGAUGCACUGGGGACAAUGAGAAGGUGAAGGGUCACAUCCUGUUAACGGCUGGAAUCAUCUUCAUUGUCACUGGCAUUGUAGUACUCAUUCCUGUGAGCUGGGUUGCCAAUUCCAUCAUCAGAGAUUUCUACAACCCAAUAGUGCCUCUUGCCCUAAAGCGGGAACUUGGAGAAGCCCUCUACAUAGGCUGGACCACGGCGCUGGUGCUCAUUGCUGGAGGGGCAUUGUUCUGUUGUGUUUUCUGUUGCAGUGAAAGGAGCAGUGGCUAUAGAUAUUCAAUACCUUCCCAUCGUACAACCCCAAAAAGUUAUCACGUGGAAAAGAAGUCACCGAGCGUAUACUCCAAAAGUCAGUAUGUGUAGUUGUGUCUGUUAAUUUUUUUUAACUUUACCUAUCAAGUCAUGAAAAUGACUAAAAUUGCUACUAUUUUCUAAAAAUGAAACCCAAAUAAACUUUGAUUUGCUGUUCUUAAACACCUAAUACUAAUGACAGGAAUUGUGCUCCAACUAUUUUUGAUUCUAUAAGCUAUUUCAGC